AUGAAAGUGGAAUCAAGAAAGACGAUCAAGAACAAGAAUGAAACGAUUAAUAAUGAACAUUCCAAUCAUGAUGAUCAUCAUCAAAAACCAAGUCAAACGCUUCCAAAUCGAAAUCAGACUAUCAUCACUAAACCAUCUAAUCAACCAUUUCUUCCGAUUCAAUCUUCAUCACCCAUCAAACCUUCAUCUUCUUCAACUUCAACUCCAUCAAUCGAAACCAAACCAAUUCCUACUUCAUUACCUUCAAUACCGUCUACUUCUACUUCCACUACAUCUUCAUCAUCUUCAACAGACUUGGAAAUCGAUCAAUCAAAUUCAAAUGAUUUAUUAAUUCUUUUACUCAUCGAACAUCUCACUUCAAUCUCAAUCCAAUCUUCUCAUUCAAUCGAUUCACUUCAAGUCGCUUUAAAUUAUAUUCAUCAAUUCGAUCCUCAUUCAAUCUCACCUCAUCUUUUAAAUCGAUUACGUUCAAUCUUAUGUCCAUCUCUUCAUUCAUCACCCCUUAAUCAAUUAAGCUCUUCGGCAAUCUUUCAUCAACUCUGUAGUUCUCAAUUCACUCAGACUACUUCACAACAGCAAACCUUUUCAAAACGUUCUCAACCCUCUUCGCCUCUCUCUCAUCUCUUUCGUCGUCAAAACAUUCAAGAUCCUGCAUGUACGGCUGUUAGCAACGCCGUUCUUUCUUGUUUCCCUGAAUCGAAUAGCACACUCGUUCAACACACUUGGUCAAAAUUCAUUUGGAAUAAUAAUUACCCUACCUUUAUCGGUUCUAGAUUGGUUGAUAUCUAUCUUUUCAAUGCUCAAUCUGAAACGAUCGUCGCCAAUUGGACAUCAAUUGCAAAUGAUCGAGGAAUGAUUGGAAUCUAUGCCAGUGAUAAUUGGUUUCCGAACCAAACCUCUUGGACCUAUGGUCAAAACCGAACAUUUCCUUACUUUUUUGUUAUCACCGGUGGUGGAAUGCCUCUCACAGGCGGCGAACAACAUCAAUCGACUUUCACAGUUGUUCAAACUGCUCCUGCUGCUGCUCUAGCAUCUUCUCUUUCUAUCAGCGCGUUAUCGACUAUGUCCUCAGGCAAUCAAACAUUUCGCCCUUCAAAUUCUUCUCGUGAACCCGGUUCUAAUGGCACUUCGUCUCUUCAGAACGCAUCAAGUGAUGAGCCAUUUCCAAAAUGGGAAAUUGCAUUGAUCGGUGAGUUUUUUGCUUCGAGUUCUUCAGCCGACUACACGCUAAACAAUCUUUGGUUCCACUCUGCCCGUUUGUCAGUUGUGCUUGGAGUCUUGGCUCUCGUGACUUUCUUGAUUGCUACCUACCUCACUGUCAGCAAUGCGAGACGGCGAAGACAGAUCCGAAAUUGGCAAUCGGCGGCGAUCGGCGGCAGUGGUGGAAGUAUCGGUAGUCGAAGUCCCAUGAUUCAAAACCCAGAAGCUGCAGCCUUGAUUGGACAAACUCGUCAGAAACGUCAUGAGAUUGGUGGAACUGGGCUUGGGGAAACAUCAGGUCGAGAUAUCAAUUCACCAUCAAGCUCAAGACCAGGUUCACCACUUUCAGCUACUGCAACUGGAGGAGCUGCUUCGUUUGCUUAUCCCGCCAUUGUAGGAGGAGCGGGAGGAUUUGGAACUGGUUCGCAAACAACCGGUGUGAAUGAAAGUUGUACCAACCCAGAUGGACCGAUCAGUUCAGUUGAUGCAUCUAUCAUGGCCGAUGCGUUUCGAAAAGCGUUACGGAAACCUGAAUUCGCACCUACUACUCAAGACGAUAGCAGUCCCGAGACCACACCGGAAACCGAAUCCAAAGCCUUUGUACCUGGACCAGCACGUACUAGAAUGAGUAUGCAUGCUCAAGUUGUCAGUAUGGAUGAUUUGGAUGGUGGUACGAAUGAUGAAGAGGUAGAUGAUGAAGAUGCAAAAGAAAUCAUGGAUCGAGAAUUGGCUAGUGAGGGUAGAAGUAUGACUUCGGUGGAUGUUAGGAAACGACCGGAAGUUCAUUCUUGA